CACAUUUAUUAUUUGGCUUUGAAGCUGUUAUAACAAAAUAAAAAAAAACAUUGUCAGAAUUUUAACAAUAUAUUUUAUAUCAUAAUGUUUGUUUUAUUUUUUUUAUCGUCUUUAACAAUGGUUACUGCGGUUUCAAUUAUGAAUAACGAUAGUGACAAUAGUACAACAUUUACUUUGUCAACCGAAGAAUUUGAUAUAGAAAUUAUAAGAAGUUUUGAAAUUCAAAACUUGACUUGUACAUGCGAUUUUUUAAGUAACGAUGUAUCAAGCAAAGACAGUAUGAAAUCUGGAAUAAUAGCAUAUGGAAAUCAUAAAUUUCAUGAAACACCAAAUACAUUUAAUAAUGCAAGAAAAAUAUGUAUUGAAGAAGGUGGUCAUCUUUCUAUUAUUGAUUCAGAACUAGAAGAAAAGUGGUUGCUGAACAUAUUUGCUGGUACAGGAUCCACUUAUAAUCAAGCAUAUAUUGGACUACAUAGUUAUUUUUCACCUUAUGACUGGGUGACAGUUUUAGGUGAUUCAAUUUAUAAAAUUGGCUUUAACCAAUGGGUCAACGGAAGACCUAAUCUAUAUGGAAAUAGUGGUACUCUUUGUAAAAGUGGAAAAUUAAAUGCUGUACCAGGACAUUAUGUCUUGCCUUUUUUUUGUGAAUUAGAAACUAAAUCUUAAUUUGAUUUUAUAAUAAAUAAUAUCAAAUCAAUCUACAUUUUUUACACACAUUAUUUUUUGUACUGUUGUAUUUAUCCAUUUUUUUUUUUUAGGACGUUAUUUAUUAUAUCGAUAAUAUUUUAUCGAUUUGUUUAUGUUUAUCAAAUCUAUUGGUAUUCCAUAUAAAAAGAUUUAAAAACAUUAACACAUUGAAAUAAUAAAAUAAAACAAUCAUUUUUAUUGUUUUAUUAAAACUUUUCAUUAAAAUAAUAUUUAAUGAUUGAUAUUCCAGGUGUUACUGAAUUUUUAUGCACAUAAUAAAUUAUAAUCAGCUCCUAGUACACAAACAUACAUUGUUCUGCAUAAUGUUAAUCAAACAAUAUGAUUGGAUGACAAUAUUAGGAGGUUCAGUUUACUAAGCUGUUUAUAAUGAAUGAACAAUUUUUUAUAAAAUUAUAAAAUUUAACAUCGCUUCGAUUGUCAUUGGAGUGCAAAACUUUUGAGAUAAAUUUUUUUUUUUUUUAAUUGUAACAAGUUAACAUUUGUUUAAAUCUAUAUAUUUUAUGUUCGUGUUGAUUAAUUUAUAAUACUUACAUUGUUAUCGAUUUCAUUACCUAUAUAAAAAAUACAAUGGCAUGAAGUUCAUCAUGAAUUAUUGAAAUUAAAUCUCGUUUAUUUUAUGAUUGAGUUAAAUUGAUAAAAUAUAGAAUCAGUGACGACAAAAAUUAGUUAAUACAAGACAAGCUUGUAGCAAACAAAAAAUGCCCUAUGUAAUUUUCAACAACAUUUCCAAUAUGUUUAAAGCUUCUUCGAUACGAGAACAAAUUAUCACAUCAAAUACUAAUGAUAAUAAUAAUAUACAAAAAUUAGUAUCAUCAACAGCUCUGAGCUCAGUCACCUUCACCUGCAAAUGAAUCUUCAAGAUAUUUGUUGAAGUUUUUGAACAAAAUACCCAACUGUUUUUUCAACUUCAUCAUGUAAUUGGUGUUGUAUUUUACACUUAUAAAUAUUUUUUUUUUGUUCGGAAGAAUUAUUUAUUAGUAAUUAUUUAUUAUUAGUAAAUAAAUUUUUCCUUUUAAUGGAUUAUUAUAGUAGUUACACGUAAUGUCUUGUUUGAAGAACUAAUAUAGUUAAAAAAAUUGUUUAAUUAUAGAAGCGAAUAUUUAUUGUUUUUAUGUUUCUUAUGAUAUAUGGAAAUCGAUAUAUUUUUCAUAUUUUGAAUAUAUAUUGUAAAAUAUUUCGUAUAUUAAAAUUAAGCCUCUUUAUGAGGCCGAAAUAAAAAAAAAAAAAAAUGAUGAAAAGUCUAAAUGAUCAAUAUAAAUACUUAUUGAAAUAAAAAUAAAUGUCAGGUACAUCUUAAAAAAAAAAAGAAUGAAAAAAAUUUUUUAAUUCCAUCUUUUGAUUUAAUAACAAAAAAAAAUCGAUGUAUGAAUGAAAAUUUAAUGUCUGCUUGGACGAGUGUGUAUAUAAAUAGUCUGAUAUAGAUUAAACUGAGGUCAAAAAAUAAAAACUAAUACUUAGUUGAAAUUUAAAUUGAUAAAACAAUAUUUUCAUUUAACAUUCAAAAUAAAAUUUGGAACCACC